AUUAUUAUCUGAAUAUCAAUCUGUCGAAUCUUUCAGACUACUCAACUACCUCGUCGAGUCGAUACGCCGGCCUGUAGUUUUUCAUUCAUUUUUGUGUUUUUUUUUAUUUCGGUGGUAAUUUGUUAUUACUGUAGAAAUGUCGUCCGAAACCGCCGGAAAGGUUAUUACGUGCAGAGCAGCUGUCGCCUGGGAGCCAAAGAAGCCGCUUUCUAUUGAGACCAUUGAAGUUGCACCACCUCAAGCUAAUGAAGUUCGUAUUCGAAUUGCCGCAACCGGCGUCUGCCAUACAGAUGCAACUACAAUGGAUGGGCUAGAUGCUGAAGGUGUUUUUCCUGUUGUUCUUGGCCAUGAAGGCGCUGGUAUUGUCGAGAGUGUCGGCGAGGGAGUUACUAAGUUCAAAGCUGGCGAUCAUGUACUACCAUUGUACAUUCCACAAUGCUACGAGUGUGCCUUUUGCAAGAGCCCCAAAACCAAUUUGUGUCAAAAGAUUCGGCUAACCCAAGGACGUGGAGUUAUGCCGAAUGGAACGACACGAUUUACCUGCAAGGGACAAUCGCUUUUCCAUUACAUGGGAAUAUCAUCAUUUUCCGAGUAUACGGUCGUUGCCGACAUAUCUUUAGCUAAGAUCGACGAAACUGCUCCCUUGGACAAGGUUUGUUUGUUGGGCUGUGGAAUUCCGACUGGAUAUGGAGCUGUCUUGAAUACUGCUAAAGUCGAACCGGGUAGUACCUGUGGUGUUUGGGGUCUCGGCGCUGUUGGCUUGGCAACAUUGAUGGGCUGCAAGAAGGCUGGAGCUUCGAAAAUUGUUGGCAUUGACAUCAACCCGAGCAAAUUCGAUAUUGCCAAACAAUUCGGUGCCACUGAAUUCAUCAAUCCGAAAGAUUUCGGUGAUACGCCCAUUCAGCAAGUGAUCGUAGAAAAGUAUGGUGGACUUGAUUACACCUUCGAAUGCGUCGGAAAUAUUCAUACGAUGCGAGCAGCUCUGGAAUCGGCUUGCAAGGGAUGGGGAGUGUCGGUUAUCGUUGGUGUUGCACCAUCUGGCACUGAAGUCAGUACCCGACCAUUCCAAUUGGUAACCGGCCGAACAUGGAAGGGAACAGCAUUUGGUGGAUGGAAGAGUGUCGACAGCGCUCCGAAAUUGGUCGAUUCGUACAUGCAGAAGGAAUUGAAGAUCGACGAAUUUAUCACUCAUACUAUGGAUUUGGACAAAAUCAAUGAGGCAUUCGAUUUGCUACAUCGCGGUGAAAGCAUCCGUGCCGUUGUCUUACUUAAAUAACGAAAAUAUUGUAAAAGUCCAUGUCAUGUAAUUUGAUUACAAAAAUAUAAAUUUGAUUAAAUAAACAGGAAUUUUUCAGAGAAAA